AUGUUGGGUAUCGGAGUCGGAGGCGCUGAUGCUGUUGACUUCAUGUCUGGGAUGCCUUGGGAGCUGGUCGCUCCGAAGAUUAUUGGGGUUAAUCUAAAUGACCAACUGCAGGGUUGGGCAUCGACAAAGGAUAUCACCUGCAAACUCGCUGGCAUUUUGACAGUCUCCGGUGGAAAGUGCUCGGUCAUUGAGUUCUUCGGCGCUGGCGCUCAAGCUUUAGGAGCUACUGCUAUGGCGACCAUCUUUUCAGUUACCCCGUACCACGCUUGCACGACGCCUCAAUGGCACUAUAAAUCGCGCUGGUAA